GUGCCUGGCACAUGGCGUGCCCAAAAUCAGGCUAUUGACCCCUUUGCCUCCCCAACCUGCUUUGAACAAGUAACUGACUCUGAAACAGCCGCUGAGAUUUUUAUUCCCAAAUGACAGCGCCAGGCCAUUUAAUCCCUUGCAUACCGCGUAAUUAACCCAUGUAAAAUUUGGGAGAAUCUAGGAUAUUUCUGUGAAUUGAGGAAAGCCUCUUCUUUCAUCUUGGAGUUACAGACGAAAGCGGAUUGAGAGAGAUGAAGGAGAUGAAGGAGUGCGAGCUGUGUAGCUUUCCGGCCAGGAUGUUCUGCGAGUCGGAUCAGGCGAGGCUGUGCUGGGACUGCGACGAGAAGGUUCAUGGGGCCAACUUCCUAGUGGCCAGACACUCCAGGAGCCUCCUCUGCCACGCUUGUCAAGCUCCCACUCCCUGGAAAGCCUCCGGCACCCGCCUCGCCCCCACCGUCUCUGUCUGCGAAGCCUGCGUUCUCCGUUGCGACAAAGACCGACAUCGGAGCUCCGGUGAAGACCGGGAGAGUGAAGGAGGUAAUACCGAUGACGAGGAGGAUGAUGGUGAUGACCGCGAUGACGAUGAUGAGAACGAUGGCGAUGAAGGUGAUGAAGAUGAUGAUGUUGAAGAAGAGGAAGAUGGAGAAAAUCAAGUGGUUCCUUUGUCAUCAUCUGCGGCGUCUCUGCCUCUCCCUCCCGAUGCCAGUUCUUCGAGCAGCGAAGAUGGGGAGGCCUCGAGCAGGUUCUCUGCCAGAGGCCGCGGAGGUGUUUCGGCGCUGAAGAGGACGCGUCAGAAUGCAGAUCUUGAUCUCGAUUCCGAGCAGGAUGACAUUGGCUGCUGCUCCUGGCAACACAACCACAAAGCUUCGAGAACAGCGUACGACGAAGAAGAUACUUCUUUGAGCUCCCGGAGGCCAUGUUACGAACGGCAACCUACAGAGCUGAACCGAUCGCUAAAGCUCGAAGACCAAGGCGAAACAGAGUCAACAUCGACGGCGAUCAUAGGCUCCAUCAAGAAGUUCCAGAAGAGCAUUAUCUCCGGCGACGAAGCGCCGGCCAUGAUUCUCGGAAUCUGCAAGUUAAGCAAAGAUCCCAGGGCCGUUGAUCUUCGUCCUACCGCUAACCCGACAAUUCCUUCCCGUACAGUUUGAGGUUGCUUUUUUUCUUUUUCUUUUUCUUUUUUUUUUUUGUUAUAAAAAAAAUAGGCUAAUUUAUCUGUUAAUUUUUAUCCCUAAUUAAAGUUGAUAUACCUCUGUAACACUCUCUAAAUCAUUUGUUUCUUCUGAAAUGGUUAAUGUUUGUAAUCGUUUGCCUUGUA